AUGUCGGCCCCCGUCGCUGCUGGCUCCUCCUCGAGGGUCAAUGGCAGCGAUGCCGACUCGGCGAAGUUGGCCGUCCUCAAGGAGCUGCUCUACGACCGGUGCAGGGAAGAAGGCGACAUGUUCUCGCAGGACGACCUCCUCCGCAUGGAGGUCAUUCCCAACCGGGACCUGCUGCUGCUUGCGCGGGUCGUGCAGUCGCUCAGCGAUGACAAGCUGUUUAUCACGAUGAGGGAGGCGUCGGGACAGGUGCUGUGGAAGUGGCGAGACAAGCAGGAGGCGCAUAAGUAUAAGCAAUGCACAACAGACGAGCAAGUCAUGGUAUACUCCCUCAUCGACGACUCCGGCGGCGACGGCAUCUGGACGCAGACCCUCCAGAAGCGCCUCAACAUGCACGACUCGGUCCUCAAAAAUGCCAUCAAGCAACUGCAAGCGAAGGGUCUCAUCGCGCCCUUCAAAAACGUCGAGCACCCUAACAAGAAGAUGUACAUCAAGGCGUCCAUCCGGCCCAGCGAUCGCGCCACCGGAGGGCCCUGGUAUACGGACCAGGAUCUGGACGAGGCCUUCAUCGAGGACCUGCAGCGCGUGGUGUUUGACUUUAUCAAGCGCCAGAGCAGCUACCACAGCACUCAUGGUGCGGCGCAGGCUAGAGCAUCAGCAGCAGCGGGCAGCACACAAGCUCCCAAAAAGGGCGUCAUCAAGGGCGGCCUCGGCGCAGCGGCAGAUGCUGCUAACAAGGGCAAGAAGCGCGACGCCUCCGAGAUGGAAGGCAAAGCUGCCGCCGCCCCUAAACCUGUUUCCUCCUCCCGCAGAGAACCCGCCCUGUUGCCCUUACCAGCAGGCUACACGGCCUACCCAACCGUCCGAGACAUCGCUCGCCUCCUCUCCUCCAGCGGCAUUACCAACAACACCAUCCUAUCCGAGGGCGAUGUCAAGAAGCUCGUUGACGUCCUCGUCUGGGACAACCUCAUCGAGCCCGUCCGCAUCGCCGGCAAGAUCGGCUACCGCGUCUCGCGCAUCGCCAAGCAGUCCGUCGAGAGCUGGGCCGGCCGCGAGGACCCUUCGGGCCGUGACGGCGGGCCGGAGCUGUACAUCAGCCCGUUGGCGGAGGUGCCCUGCGGACGGUGCCCCGUGUUUGACUUGUGCGAGGAUGGUGGUCCUGUAGGGCCUAGCAAUUGUGAAUAUUUCAAGAAAUGGCUGGGCAAAGAUGAGAUUUUCUAA